AUAUGGUGCAUCGGUUUUUAAAUUAUUUAUCGCAACAAAGACUUCAAUUUGUGAUAAAUAACAAAUAAUAAUUACAAUAAUAAUUAAAGUAAUUGAUAUGUUUUUUUAAUAAACCUGUGAGCGUACUUUAUAAAUAAAUAAUAAUUUAAAAAAUAAUUUAGCCACGUGGUAAAAUGAAUACAAUAAAAUGUGUCACUCACAUGAAUGGAGUAAAUUGUUCCCACGUGGAUGUCAGACGCGCAAAUUUAUACAAUUAUAUAUUUAGAGAAUCCUUAAUAAGGAAGUGAGAUCACAAGAAACUACAAUACAAUACAAUUAAAGUUAAAUCAUUACUCACUUUCAUUUCAAAUUAUUUAUAAAAUAUUCAAUUUAACUUUUUAAAUAAAUCACAUUAAUUUUUAAUAAUUUUUCUAUUGUGCCCACAAGUAUAAGUACAAAGUAAUUUAUAUCAAUUAACAUAAUAAUAAUUAUUAUUGUUAACUAUUAAAUUAUUUACAAAUUCUUUUACUUAAUUAGCGGGUCUGUGAUUUUUUUUAAUUACGGAAAAUUAUUUCGCGGCUUUUAGUCACGUGUCAUUUUUCAGAGCGUGAUUUUGAAAACAAACCGCAUAGCGAUAAAAAGUUAUUAGACCUCGUAUUUAAUUCAACUAAUUCUUGGGAUUAUUUUAAACUGGAUAUUAAUUUUUGACUCACUCGACUAUAACACAGACGACAAAUAAAAGUUUUAUACGAUAAAGUACAGGGAUUUAUUUUAAACAGAUCGAAAUGUAAAUAUUUGAAAAAUUCCUGGGUAUAUACCUGUUUAUAUCUCAAAUAUAGCCGUGUAAAAAAUAGAAGUUCAUAUAUUAUGCGACAUAACUUAUGGCUGUUAUUAUUAUUUUUCUCUAAAUGUAUGUCAGCGGAAUCUAAAGUGAAUUAAUAUAAUAAAGUGGACGUAUAUGCGUUUGAAAUAUCGAUUAAGAGAUGAGUGUGGAUGAGAAUGAGGGCGCAGUCGCGACGGCGUCGCGACCCUUACGGAGAAGUAUCGGAGACAUCGCCCGUAUUUGGAUCCACUCUUUGAGGACCAGAACUAAUUUAUCACGCGAUGAGAGUGCUGAUGAUUGCCCUGCCGAUCGGAGCGGUAGGUCCUUAUUGUCGCGAAUUCGCGGCGACAUUGGGCAUUACGUUGUCGAGGGCUUGAGUAAAAGUAAUUCGAAAGCAAUCGAUGCUUCCGGGGAAUCAACAGCUGAUUCUAGUGAAAGAUCAGAUAUCACAAUGGGCAAUCAUCAAAGUGACGGUAAGAAACGUCAAAAAAAACACAAUGUGGGAGCUGAAACAAAUGUCCAAGUUAAUUUUGAAAAAGUUCACACCCCAGGAAAAAGGCCGGCACCACAACCGCCUAAAAUUCGACAGGCGGUUCCGCCAGUCCCAACGAUACAGCCGGAUGACAUCAAAGUUACAGUGGAAUCUCCAAAACGAGCGGAAGUACCGGUUGAAAAACUUCAAGAGGUAGAGGUAAAAUUUGAAGAGGAGGAGGUUACUACGUCCUGUCCGCUCCCACCUGUAGACUCGCAGAGCUUCGAUGAGGCUCCCGCACCCGCAGUAUCCUCGAGUUCUCUCUCUGGUUCCGUGGACGCACCAGGUGCUCCCGCGGCAGCACAAAUACCCUCGCAACUAUUAACGAUCGAUCCUCAGCUUCUCGUAACCGAUUCCUGGCGACGUGCAAACGCAAAUGUGCUGAAGUUAUCUGACAUUCCAACACCACCGAGUCAAGCAUCCUCCAGUGACAGUAUUUUUACUGAUCCCGAGGAGAACGGUAUGGUGGCUGAUACUAGUGCGCCUCAUCAGACAAUUAACUCUCUGACGACAAAAAAAUCACGGCAGCAUCAACUUCAAAACAACAACAAUAGUUUAUCGACUUACAACCGAAAGAAAAAUUUUUCCGCAACAGGACACCGGAAAAUCGAAGGCAACUCAAAUUCUAAUUCACCGAAUAAUCGACUUGUCUCAACAUCGCUUAACGGAUCUUAUCGCAGACACAGUACUAAUGAACAAUUACCUAAUCCGAGUGUCGCUUUAAGAAGAGUAUCAAGUUUUACAUCCGCCAAUACUCUAUCACACAGAUCAGGAUUUCCGCUCGCCGAAAAAUUCACCGGUCAACAUCUAAUAAACUUGCUUACGUCUGAAAUUCCUGAACAUUUACGGAAACAACUUUCAGAUGGGGAUCUUAAUAAAUUCACUGCUGCGCUUUAUUCUCAGCUACAAGCGAUAGGAAUAAUCAAACCACUUGGAGAUAAGUCGAUAAAUAAAACUUUUUCGGCGGAUCAAGUUUACUAUUGGGAUUCGCUGAUACCAGCGAAAUUACCAACUGAGAACCGUAACAAUGAAACAAAAUAUUCGGCAGAGUAUGUUAAAGGCCUCGAAAAUGAGAUUACGAGCUUACGCACGGAGGUCGAGAGACUUAAAAUACUGGUUGAAAAAUUGGAAAGACAGAAUAGAGAUAAAUCGGAGAAUCUCGCGGUUAUGAGAUCAAAAGCCAGCUCACCUAUGCCGAGAGAUGACAAUAAUUUAGAAUUAAACAGAAGCUGUGUGUCGUCUGAGAGCGGAAGGUUUACUGGUAGUUCAAUAGACUUAUCACCGAUUUCUCAUCAAUUAUCGGAUAGGGUCCAGGAUGACUCUUUAGUGCUACCGUCCGGUUUGUCAACUAUCUGUGAAGCUGACAGAAUAAAUGAUGAAACCGAGUACAAAACGCUGUUACCAUAUAGAAAAUUAUCCAAUGCUGAAAAACAAAUUACGGAUCAAGUUAAUCCGGAGUCGGAUCCUACGGUAGAUGUCACAGAUGACAUUAACAGUUGCCAAAAUAUUGUAGAUAGUGUUAAUCAAUCCGAGUCACUGGGAAUUAAAAAUAAUACUCGCAGGAAAUUGGAUUUUGUCCAAGAUGAUACUGGACUACAUGAGAGUUUACAGGACACUAAAGAUUUAUCAAUCAUAAAGUCUGAUGGGGGCGACUCCAAAUCAAUUUCACAAGAAAUUAAAGACUUAAAAGUAGAUGAUAGUAUUUCAAAACCACCACCUCCACCACCUUUACCUACACAAGAAAUAACUGCUGAUAAUAAUGAAGAGUCUGUAUGCACGAUUUCUAAGCCUCCACCACCUCCACCUUUACCGGAUACUUCUAUUCCUCCACCUCCACCACUACCUAGCUUUGAAACUCCUCAUUUACCGGUUCCUAUACCUAGUGAACCCUUGCCACUACCUAUGCCAGGUUUGAGUGGCCCUCCUCCACCACCACCACCUCCAAUGCCGGGACUGAGUGGACCUCCACCACCACCACCUCCAAUGCCAGGAUUUACUGGGCCACCUCCCCCUCCACCACCUCCAAUGCCUGGAUUAACUGGACCACCACCACCACCACCAAUGCCAGGAUUAGGUGGACCCCCACCACCUCCAAUGCCAGGAUUAAGCGGCCCACCACCGCCUCCACCACCUCCAAUGUUUGGAGCUGGUCCACCUCCUCCACCACCAAUACCAGGAAGUGGUUCAACAGGGCCUCCACCACCUCCCCCGCCAUUUUCAGGAAGUCCAGCAGCACUACCUACUCCACCUGUCGGAGGCUGGAAUCCUCCCGCUCGAGCAAGUAUGCGAAAAGAGCCUCUAGCGCCAGAAGUACCAAUGAAACCUCUCUAUUGGACAAGAAUCAUCAUCCCAGCUGACCAACAACCUGUUAUUCCCGCUACGUCUCCAGAUGCGCCUCCACAAGUCCCAUUGUGGAUAGAAAUUGAAAAGCAAGAAGAAAAUUUAAAUAUGAAAGAAUUCGUGGACCUCUUUUCGCGCCAAGUGAUUGAACGUAAGCCAACAAUAAAAAAAGAAGAGUCCGACAAACCAUCGAAAAUUCAACCAGCAAAAAUACUGGACUCUAAGCGUUCCAAGACUGUUGGAAUCCUCGAAAAAAGUUUACGUGUUGAUUUCAGCGAAGUUGAAAACGCCGUAUACAAUCUCGAUACCAGUAUCGUCAGUCUAGAAGCACUCAGACAGAUUUAUGAAAUAAUGCCAACGGCCAAAGAAAUGGAGGACAUCACCGCCCACGAAAGAGAGCAUCCAGAAAUACCCCUGGAUCGUCCGGAGAAGUUUAUAAAACAGUUGUCAACUAUUAAAAAUUUCAACGAACGUAUAGCCUGCUUGAUGUUUCAGUCCGAAUUCCACGACGCUAUUUCAUCAGUGUCAACAAAAUUAACAAACUUGCGUUCAACUUGUGACUAUCUACGCAACUCACAGUCCCUAAAAAGAGUAAUGGCACUAAUUUUAACCCUGGGUAAUUAUAUGAACGGUGGUAACCGCAUGCGAGGGCAAGCCGAUGGUUUCGGUCUUGAAAUUCUCAGCAAACUGAAAGACGUCAAAUCAAAAGUACCUGGGGUUACACUCCUACAUUAUCUUGUACGCGUCAGACUAGAACAAGAGGGCAACUAUAAUUUCGAUGAAAUGUUAGCGCUGCCAAUACCCGAACCCGCAGACAUUGAAGCCGCCUCGACAAUUAAUUUCGAGGACAUAAUCAAGGAAUUGGAUCGAUUGGAAAAAGAAUUACAGAGGUGCGAAAAAAAUUGCAAAAUUGUAACAAAAUCGUCGCCUGAAAAUUCAACGACUGCGUUCACUGAAAAAAUGGAUACAUUUUUAACCCGAGCUAGGAAUGAACUUAUCAAUGAAAAAGAAAAUUUACAGGAAGCACGGGCUAGAUUUAAAGCCGUUAUGCUUUUUUAUCAGUAUAUUCCUAAAGGCACUAGUGUAGACACUGCCGACCCAAAGGACUUUUUUGGGCUGUGGAUCAGUUUCUGCAAGGAUUUCAAAGACAUCUGGAAGAAGGAGCAGCAGAGAUUGAAGAAGGAACGUAUGAAGACGAUAAGAAAAAAAUUAGAAGACAAACGGAAAGUUGAAACGGAUAAAGUCGUCCCAGGUGGCCUGAAAGACCGACUUCUGAAACUGAUGGACAAAAAUAAGCGGUAGUUUAUACAAAAAGUAAAUACGAAAUGAUGAACACCUUGACUACUUAUAUGUAAUGCACAAAAAUCUAUCGCGUUAAAAAAUUUGUUACUAUAUUUUAUUUAAUGUUAUGGAUGAUCCAACUGUUGAUCACAUCCAAGUAUAAAUAAAUCUGUAAUUAUAAAUUUACUUAUGCUUCCUUGAGCAAUAGCUGUACUUUUUUUGUUUAUUAAAAUAACUAUAGUAUGAAUUGUUAAUUAAUUGAAGUGACAUUUGUUAUAUUUAUUACGCGCACGAAUUAUUUAAUUAUUGUUAUAUUUUUAAAUAAACUAUAAGUUUAGUAUUCGUUGAACG